UGCGGUAAUUGUUUCAUCAAAUGUCGUGACAUCUACAUCUUAUUCGACCACAACCACAUGGACGACGCAUUCACACAAAUACGCUACAGGCGAUACGCAUGCCCCUACGAUGCUCAUGCAACCAGCAAUAACAGUUCGGCAGGAAAACACGUUGUGGGUGAAGACAACACUACAUUUAGCCAUAUACCAGAACACACUACAGCUGUACCUGCAGUGAAAAGCGAUUUGCCAGCUAUACAAACCAAAGUCUACACUAUAGCCGUCUCUGUAAUAGGUGGUGUCAUUGCCAUCGCUGUAGUCAUCGUUGUCGUCGGCAUGUGUGUUAGAAGAAAAAGUGUAGAUGUAGUAAAAGCUUCUCGUGACGACAUUCCUGCAACUGAAUGUCAACCUGGGAGACUGAAUGAUAUUGUUCCACCUCAAAGUGCAAGCAGUCGCACGGAAGGUGAACAAAUAGUUAUGGUGGACAAUUUCCUAUACACGAUGUCUUCUGAGGUGGUACCGCGCGCUGCCAACUCCACGAGCAGUGAAGACGUGGAGGAGAGGGCAAUUAUGACGGACAAUCUGGUCUAUGAGAGCUUCCCUUUGGACGAAACUGAGACUGAAAUAUCAGAGGGGCACACAAAGAACGUGGUGGUCUAGGUUACCAGGUAUUAAACAUGCGGUGGCAGAGUAGAGAAGCACACAGUCGUAUACACGGGCUUGUCGUGCUAGGAGGACAUAGACAAUCAAUACACCUCACUUCGGAGUCUAAGCCAGCGCGUCCAUUCCGCUACCCACACCGACAAUGUCAAUGUACAUGAUUGGGCAACAUCCACCGACCAAUAACUUCGUCUGAAAAAGGGUUGCAGUAUAACAUCUGAUUUCAUCCGUGUCAUAACAAUGAUGAAUUUUAGAUGUGAGAAUAUCAUGAUCAAGAUAAGGCAACAAAGUUUUCGAAGAAGUUUUUAACGAGCCAUCUGAACAAUAAAACAUGUUAUUCGAUUACUGUCUGAGCAGAAUAAUUGUAAAUAUAUAUACCUAACUGUAACGUCAUACGUAUGAU